GCCAACUUCACUGGCACACGACCAAUUACGCAGCGUAGGUGCACGGCUCUCAAAAUAUCUAACUUUACGUUCUGUUUGUUUAUUUAAACUCUCUUCAUUAAUUACCGUUAUCAAAAGGGGACUUGGAAAAGACUUAGUCUGGAAGAAAAGUGUGGAUGCACUCGUUUAACCUAUUUAGGUGUCUUCUUUGUGCAGUGUUAAGUGAAGUUUCAAUAACGUCAAGCUCAAGGAGCGUGGCAGAGGUAUUUCAUCUCAAGUCUCGGAUCAAUUAAUUUUAACUAAUAAAUACGUAAACAAUGACAAUGAGCUCAUCCAGGAUGCGCACAAACGUAAAACUGGCUAGACUGUUCUAUAAAUACUUGGACGAUCCCAACGAAUCUAAAGAACAACCCAAAGAUGUACCAUUAGCAUCAGCUGCAGACGAAAGCGCAGAUGCAACAGUCGCCAGUGAGGAAAAAAGUUACGAAUCAUACCCCCCCUUCAACUUCUCCUGGUUCGUCGAAAAGAAGAUAGCCGCAAUGGGUUGGCCUCAGACAGUGGAAAAUCUAAACUACUUAGCAGAUGUUGGGGUCGAUCAUUUGAUUACGCUAUCGCCAGAAAAGCUGCCACCGAUUUUGGAUUGCAAGAAGCGAAUGAAAUGGUCGGAAAUACGAAUAAAAGAGUUUGGCGCGCCGACGUUAAAGCAGAUCUUGAAGUUCAUAGAAAUAUGUGAAAGGGCGGAGAUCAGGGGAGAGGUGAUAGGCGUUCACUGCCGUCACGGUCGCGGGCGCACCGGCACCAUGUUGGCAUGUUACCUCGUGUACUUCCAGAACAUGGCCCCAGAGCGGGCCGUCCUCACAGUGCGAGUGCAGAGGCCUGGAUCAUGCGAAACAUAUGAACAAGAGAAAAUAGUGUGCCACUAUCAUGACUGCGUUCGUGGUACUAUCUCGAAGCCAGACUACCGCUUGGUUGAAGAUAAGCUGUACUUCGACUACUCAAUGAAACACAUGUACAGCGAUGACGAGGGCUCCAAUACCGAGGAAGAAAAGAAGACAGAAGAAAUUACAGCAGAAGACAGACUGAAGAAUGCUGUAGAACAGAAGAGAACGGAGAUCAAAGAUAGAGUAGACAUACUACAGUUGACCAAAAAGAAGAAAACUAAAGCGAUGGUGAUAAACCAUAAGAUUUAUUUUUAAUUUUUUUUUUUCAAUAAAACAAAAUGUUUUCUGUGUUAAAGUUACUUUUUAAUAGUAUAAAAUCUAAGUACCUACUUAUACAGAACUUUUUUUUGUAUUGCCAUUUGCACAUGAACAAAAAUUACGAAAAUAAAUUUCAACCUACCCAAACACCAAGUUAUUUUGAACAUCUAUGAAAUAUGAGCCUUAGUAUCAAUGUGCCAUUUUAUACAAAUCUAAAUAACAUAUAUACUGAUGUACUGUAUACAUCUUUAUCUACCAAAGCAUUUUAUUGUUUACAAAUGGAUUUAACAAGUUCGAAAUAAACAAGAGAAAACACACACAGUUUUGGUUUUUAAACAAAUAAUAAAUUUUAUAGAUAUUAACGGGAUUGCUACCAUGUACCUUGUUUUUUAUGAGUCUCCGAUAUUUCGGCACUGUUGCAAGCGCCAUGAUCACGGAGUAACUGAAGUAAUUG